AUGGCUUCCUCUUCCUCUUCUACGUCUCCUAACUACACCUACAAUGUCUUCGCGAGCUUCCACGGGAAAGAUGUGCGUAAAACACUUCUCAGUCACAUACGUGAACAGUUUAACCGCAACGGGAUCACUAUGUUCAAUGAUGAAGCGAUUGAGAGAAGCGCAACGAUCGCCCCAUCGCUCACACAAGCUAUAAAAGAGUCCAGGAUCUCGAUCGUGAUUCUCUCCAAGAGAUAUGCUUCUUCAGGCUGGUGUUUGGAUGAAUUGGUGGAGAUAAUGGAGACUAAAAAAGAUAUGGGACAGAUAGUGAUGACCAUCUUCUAUGGAGUGGAUCCGUCUCAUGUGCGGAAACAGAUCGGGGAUUUCGGGAUCGCUUUCAAUGAAACUUGUGAACGUAAGAAACCUACAGACAAGCAAAGACAGAAAUGGAGCCAAGCUUUGAACGAUGUAGGCAACAUCGAGGGGGAAGACUUCUUAAGAUGGAACAAUGAAGCGGCAAUGAUCAAGAAAGUCGCAAAAGAUGUUUUAGAGAAGCUCAACGCGACACCAUCUAAGGAUUUUGAUGGUAUGGUGGGACUUGAAGCUCAUUUGGGAGAAAUGGAGUCUUUGCUAGAUUUAGAUUAUGAUGGAGUUAAGAUAGUUGCAAUCACUGGUCCUUCAGGGAUUGGUAAGACUACCAUUGCUAGAGCUUUACAUAGCAUACUCUCUAAUAGGUUUCAGCUUACUUGUUUUGUGGACAACCUUAGGGGAAGCUACCCUAUUGGUCUUGAUGAGUAUGGUCUGAAGUUGCGUUUACAAGAACAGUUUCUUUCGAAUAUCUUGAACCAGGAUGGUAUGAGGAUAUGUCAUUUAGGUGUGUUAAAAGAAAGGCUGCGUGACCAGAGAGUGCUCAUCGUUCUUGAUGAUGUUAACAGUAUAAAGCAAUUAGAGGCGUUGGCUGAUGAAACUACAUGGUUUGGUCCUGGCAGUAGAAUUGUAGUCACCACAGAAAACAAAGAGCUUCUGCAGCAACAUGGUAUUAACAAUACGUACCAUGUGGGGUUUCCAUCUAGAGUAGAAGCUCUUGAAAUAUUUUGUAGAUAUGCUUUUAGAAAAAGAGAUCCACUCGAGGGUUUUGAAAAGCUUUCUGAAAAGGUAACAGAGUUUUGUGGCAACCUUCCAUUGGGUCUCCGUGUGGUGGGUGCAUCUUUACGUGGGAAGGAGGAUGAUGAGUGGGAAGAAGUAAUACGGAGGCUAGAAACUAUUAUUGAUCAUCAAGAUAUAGAAGAGGUACUAAGAGUCGGUUAUGAGAGUCUACAUGAGAAUGAGCAAUCUCUAUUUCUCCAUAUAGCAGUCUUCUUUAACUAUAAAGAUGGUGAUCUUGUGAAAGCCAUGUUCGCUGACAACAGCAAAAUUGAUAUCAAACAUGGUUUGAAAAUCCUAGUAGACAGAUCUCUCAUAUAUAUGUCUACAAAAGGAGAAAUAGUGAUGCACAAGUUACUGCAACAAGUGGCUACAAAAGCCGUUCAUAGAGAAGAACCAUGGAAACGCCGAAUUUUAAUAGAUGCUCAAGAGAUUUGUGAUGUUCUUGAAGGUGCCGAAGGUACAAGAGCUGUGUCCGGCAUAUCAUUUGACAUAUUUGAUGUGAAUGAAGUAUCUAUCAGUGAGAGAGCUUUCAAAAGAAUGCCUAAUCUUCGAUUCCUAAAAGUUUACAAAAGUAGAGCUGAUGGGAAUGAUGUAUUGCAUAUACCUGAGGAGAUGGAGUUUCCGUGUCGCCUAAGGUUACUACAAUGGGACGCAUACCCUAACAAAUUUCUUCCUCCAAAAUUUCGUCCUGAAUAUCUUGUCGAACUCAAUAUGGAGUUUAGCCAUCUCGAGUACCUAUGGCAUGGACCCCAGCCGUUUACAAAUCUCAAAAAGAUGGAUUUGUCAGCGUCCAGGAAUUUGAAGGAACUUCCUGAUCUUUCAAAGGCUACAAAUUUAGAGACAUUGGAUCUGCGUGGUUGCAUGAGUUUGGUAGAGAUUCCAUCAUCUUUUUCACAUCUUCAAAAACUAAAGAAGUUGAAGAUGUCUGGCUGCAAAAACCUACAAUUCAUUCCUGCUCACAUGAACUUGGCAUCUCUCGAUUCAGUCAUUAUGGAAGGAUGCUCAAAACUGACAAAGUUUCCAGAUAUUUCAACCAACAUCAGAAAAUUGGACAUAGCAGCAACAUCAGUAGAAGAUGUGCCUCCAUCAAUUAGGCUUUGGUCUCGUCUUGAGCGUCUCUCGAUAAGAGACAACCGAAAUCUUAAGGGAGUGAUAACACAUCUCCCCACGAAUUUACAGUUGGUAAACCUAAGCUAUUCAGGUAUUGAAAAGAUACCAGAUUGCAUGAAAGAUCUUCAUCGGCUACAAGAGCUUGAUAUAUCUGGCUGCACAAGACUCGCAUCGUUACCAGAGCUUCCUGGUUCACUCAACAACCUAAGUGCCGAUGAUUGUGAAUCACUAGAGACAGUGUUUUUCCAUUUGAAACACAGUCCAGAUGCGAGGCUUACAUUCAUCAACAACUUCAAACUUGGACAACAAGCAAGACGAGAAAUUAUUCUUGGAUCGUUUUUUCGAGGAACCGCUCUCUUACCAGGAAUACAAGUACCCACAGAGUUCGAUCACCGAGCCAGAGGGAAUUCCUUAACAUUUCCUCAUCCUGCUUUCUCAAGAUUUAAGGUCUGCCUCGUGAUUUCGCCAAACCCUAACAAAAACUGGGAAUAUAUAACUUCACACCUAUUGAGUUGUCGCAUAUUAGGCAAAGAUGACGACUUAUGCCCCACCGAACAGGAAUUCGGCAUAGGCGAUGUCUCCAAAUAUGGAGCGGAACAUCUGUUUGUAUUCCACUCUAGCUUACUUGACAAAUAUAUGGCCCCAGCUGAAGUAAGGAGAGAGAUAGUGUUUACAUUCAGCAGCCAAUCCAACGCCUUCGACAUUAUUGAGUGUGGUGCCAAGAUCUUGACCAAACCAAGCAUCGAAAAAGGAGCUAUGAGUUGGGCCUCCUCCCAUCUGAGAUUGUUCCCGCCAGCUUGA